UGCCCCACUCUGCCCGACACAGAGAGAAAAGUGAAUCGGCAAAACGACACCAGGUACACUCAGGUGAUGGCGAAAGGCGCAAUUCUCCUGCUGUUUUUUCUCUGCGUCUCAAACUGUGAAGAACAGACAGCGAACUCAGAUCAGGGAUCGACGGAACGGAUUCCAACGUCGCGGAACGGCCCGUCGGGUACGGGUUUGAGCGUGCCGCCCCCCUCGAGUCCCGCCGCGCCUCUCUCGAAGACCAGGAGGGACAGGAUCACCUGCCUGGCCGUCCUCUCGGCUCUGGGGCUGCUCGUUUCGAUUUUCGGCAGCGCGACCGUCUUCCUGUGCGCCAGGCUGCAGGUCCGCAGAGAAGCCUCGACGGCUGUGGAGGCGGGGUUGUGGGCAAAGCCGAACUGCUCUUCGGCGCCCCCUGCCCACCCCAGGAGGAAGGAACGCAGCCUGUGGUUGCAGCCUAAAGUCACCGUGGAGGAAAUCACAGAGUUCUGGUAUUCCAACGGAGUGGAGCUGAAAGAGAUACACUGCCAGAGCUGAGUCAUUACUGGAGCCACAGUCCAGUAUAAUAUAUAAAACUAUGGCUAUUGAAACUCAGGGGGGGGGGCUGUCUGAAUCAUUGCUGGAGCCACAGUCCAGUAUAAUAUAUAAAACUAUGGCUAUUGAAACUCAGGGGGGGACUGUCUGAAUCAUUGCUGGAGCCACAGUCCAGUAUAAUAUAUAAAACUAUGGCUAUUGAAACUCAGGGGGACUGUCUGAAUCAUUGCUGGAGCCACAGUCCAGUAUAAUAUAUAAAACUAUGGCUAUUGAAACUCAGGGGGGGCUGUCUGAAUCAUUGCUGGAGCCACAGUCCAGUAUAAUAUAUAAAACUAUGGCUACGACCCCCCCCCCCCCC